UAGUGUCAAAAUUUUAUCAAUUUACGAUGCUGAGAUAAUCUCGGUCAAGCAUCUGAUACGGGUGAUCGUGUCAUUAUAACUAGGUGGAACUGUCGAAAGGCCAUUAGUUCCACGCUUAUUCUCACGGAGUCAAGAUGGGCGAGACAAAACCGCACAAAAUUUGGCUACUCAUAGUUGCCAUUAUCGUGCCAAACGCUGGUGGUUGGGUCGGAGCUGCUCUGUGGCAAGACAAGGACUGGUUCGAGAAUGAGGUCGUGCAACCAUCAUGGAAGCCACCAAAUUGGCUUUACCCAGUCGUCUGGACGAUAGUGUACUCAUUGAUGGGUAUCGCUUCUUACUAUGUAUGGAAGGACGCACCGAGUAAGGAGAAGCUCUACCUUCCACUCGGAGUUUACUGCGUUCAGCUGAUCGUCAACUGGUUCUGGACGCCAUUCUUCUUCAUCUGGCAUAUGAUCCUCGUGUCACUGAUCGACAUCGUGAUCCUGUGGGUGCUGAUCGUUAUCACGAUCUACUUGUUCUUCAGGGUGUCAAAGAAGACAGUAUUCAUGCUGGCUCCCUACAUCGUUUGGGUAACGAUCGCAACUGCUCUGAACGCGAACUACUAUCACCUGAACAAGGAUCUCUAAACCGCAGCUGUGAUAAUUCUGCUAUUUAUUUUACCUGCUCAUAAUUACAUAUUUAUGUAACUGAAAUAGAGUAACAUAAGCGUGAAUUCU